AUGGCUUUAGCGCUGAAACCUGAACAUUUAAAAGAGAUGGGAUGCACUGAAGGAUUUAGCAUCGCUUGCCACUACUAUGCAUCGUGCCCCCAGGCAGAGCUCACCUUGGGAGCUACCAAACACUCUGAUCCUUCUUUCAUGACCAAAUCAAUCGUCGCCAAUGGAUUUGUUCCGAGGAUUUUUGUGGCAUGCUUUUUCACUGGACAUGCUACUGGAACCCCAAAGCUCUAUGGACCAAUUAAAGAGUUGACAUCAGAAGAAAAACCACCUGUUUACAGGGAUUUUCUUAUUUAUGAAUAUUUGAACUCAUAUUUUGCUAGGAAAGUUGGUGAUAAGUCUCAGCUUUAUCAGUUCAAGCUGUGA